AUGCGGCCAGAUGCCGGUGCGGUCACGCAAGGACGCGCGUGCCCCGUGCUGGUCUCCCUCUACGGCCUCCCCGCACCCGCGCCCGUGCUGGAUCUCCCCGUCGCCGUGUACGCGGACUUUCUCGCCUGGCUCCUGGGCGGCUCCCCGCAGGAGGUCUCGCGCGACUCGUGGAUGUACAUGCUGCGUCUCUGCGAGCAUGCCGUCGCGGGGCUCGAGCGCGUCGAGAGUGUCUCCCUCGCGGGGGCGGCGUCUUUUACCGGCGGCAGCCAGCCACAUCUGGAGGUGGGGGGGCUGGGCCUGGAGGGCCCGGGGCAGGCGCAUGUCGAUCUGGAUCAACAUCAGCGGGCGGUGCAAGGCGACGGUCUCUUCGCUCCACAGCCUGUUCUUGCGGGCUCGCUGCCUAUCGCGUCCCAGGGAGCCUCUGCGAUGUCUGGAAAUCCGUUCGGAGUCAACGUUCCCGCUAUCGCUGUCUCUGCACCGUCCCUCGACCACGUGCAUCUGAACCACACUCACUAUUCCUUGGGUCCGUCUUUUGGUCCGUCGCACUCGCAGGUCUCGCAGGGCCAGGCUCUCGCGUCAUCGCACUUGCAACCCCCGAUUGGUCCGUGCCCCACCCCGUCGCUCGCGUUCACCCCUUCUUCCUCGGGGUCCGUCGAGACCCCUGCUCCCACGACCCCCGGCGCUUUCCAGUCCACCGUCCACUGUAAGUGGGACAACUGCGGCGCCCUGCUCGAGUCUACCCAGCAUUCGGCCAUCGAAGCCCACCUGCGGGAGGCGCACCUGCCCUUGUGGCGCGACGUGGAGGACAAGCGGCUCAAGCAGCGUUGCCUCUGGCCGGGGUGCUCGAACCGGAGAGAAUUGUUCUACAGCGGACUUGCGAAGCACAUCGCGACCUGCCAUUUGCACUCGACGGUGAGCAAGUGCCCGCACUGUGACCAGCAGCUGUCGAGGGGCGACUCGAUGGCGCGGCAUGUCAAGUCGCAGCAUCCUACGCCCGGUGUGGGUGUGGGCGGGGGCGGGGUGAUGCAGCAAGGGACGUUCGGGGAUAGGAUCGCUGCAUCUCCGAGGCGGCGGCAGAUCAGGCCUGGGUCUGACGGCCGCAAGGGUUCUACUCGCCUGUUCGACAGCCUCGGACGCCCUGUGCAUCCUCUUUGA